GCUUCAUUUCAUCAUCCGAGUGAAGAGCAUCGCUGCUGCUGUUGAGCUAGGAAGCUAAUAGUAUAGAAAUAUAUAUUUUUUAAAUAUAGAUAGCUAGUAUUGGCUUUCUAGUUAUUUUUUUUUUUAUUUUAGUGACGGGUGAAAAGGCUAGCAGGCUAGCUGAGUACCCGCUAAGCGGGAUUUUAAGUGUUUGUUUUUGAUCUCGAGCCAAGCCGAAAAGGCUAACAUGGCGUUUUAAGGCGAUGAUGCGGCGACACUAAUGCGGCGGCAUGCACCAGGCAAAACAACCAGAUCUGCGCAAUUCCAUCUUCACAACUGCCAAGCAGUUGGGCUCCAAUACCGGUCGCGGUAUAGCGGUGAGCCAGCCGAUACCUCUGCUCCUGGACCGGAGGAAGCUAACGCUAGCGGGUUAGCCGGUUUCGCUCCUGUAACGGUUUCAUAGCUUAUUUUUUUUUAAAAUCAUUUUUAACAAUGAAGCCUCAAGACAUCAUAGCCGGUAAGAGCAGCCUGUGGAUCUUCGGCUACGGUUCCCUGGUGUGGAAACCCGACUUCAAGUACAAGCGCAGCCACGUCGGUUUCAUCCGCGGCUACAAGCGGCGCUUCUGGCACGGAGACACCUUCCACCGCGGAAGUGACGAAAUGCCUGGAAGAGUCGUGACGCUCCUGGAGGAGGAUGACGCGUGCACCUGGGGCGUGGCCUUCGAGGUGACCGGCUCCCAGAUCGAGGAAUGCCUCGCCUACCUGAACAUACGCGAAGCGGUACGAGGAGGCUACGGCACCCGCAUGGUCGAGUUCAUCCCGCGUGACGAGAGCCAGCCCUCCGUCCAGUCUCUGGUUUACAUCGCUACAGAAGACAACCCGACCUACCUGGGUCCUGCGAGUACGGACGAGAUCGCUGCUCAGAUCGCGGUGUGCAAGGGGAAGACGGGCUACAACGUCGAGUACCUGCUCCGCCUGGCCGAGUUCAUGAGGCAGAGCUGCCCCGGGGUCGACGACCCUCACCUGUUCUCCAUCGAGAGGGCCUGCCUCGCUGUCUUCAGGCCUUUACUGUUAGCGGCCCAACAGUGCGCACCUGCUUUAAGCUAAAACAGUUCCUGUAGAUCCGGUUCACAUUCUCAUGCGUUAAUUUUACUAUACUGUUACAAGUAGCACGUUCGCGUCAUAUCGCAUUGCUCUCACUAAGCUCCACACAUCGCUCACUCCCGUACGAAGCUGUACGACGCACACAUCUACUUCAAAACAUUCUGUUUACUUUGCACUCCAGAAAAUGACCCUUUGUUAUAAAAGGAAGUCCAUUGUUCACUUAUGUCCUUAAAUAAAGGUGCUUAAAUGAAAA